AUGGAUAUGUCUUUGGUGGCGACGGGGACUACCUUUCCCCUGGUUUUUACCAUCCAGCAGGCCUUCGCUCGGCGGGAGCGCGCGACGAUCCUCAUUGCGAACAUGAAGGCCUCCCUGGUUGCGCUGUACUACAUGCAUCGGGACAAGUACGAAUCGCUGGCCGAAAGACGGCUCGUUGCAAAGAAGAAGGACGAGUUGUAUGAGCUGUUCCUGCACCGUUUGGAUGUGGAGGAGCGAGGCUUACCACACUUCCAGCGCAGGGUGCACCGUGCUGACCGGCAGGAUCCGGGCCACGUGCACCUCAUGGACUGCUACCGUGCCCUGUCGCUGCUCAGCGUGUUUAACGAGCAACUGACGCUAAAGGCGGGAUAUACGCGGGGAGGUGAAGGCGGCAUGUCUAGGACCAACCAGUAUCUACGCUACAUCAUCAGCAACCUCGAGGAGCUCCGUAUGAUCCGGGAUUAUCGGACGCCUUACAUGAUGCGCGCAGCUUGCGGAAUAUUGCUGCACAUCUUCGCCAUCAUCCUGGCGCCGUACUUCGCGCACUUCUGCGACUCGUGGUUAGCCUUGGGGAAUGACGAGGCCACGUGCCCAGCCGGCUAUGCAGCAGCAGCCGUUUACGUCAUGAUCGUCAUGCUGUUGUACCACACGAUGUACGAUCUUGAGAUGCCUUUCGACGAGCAUGGUCUUGACGAUGUUUUCUUCAUGACAUCUGCGGAGCUGGACGAGGCGAUGGGCAUGCACGCAUCCCUAUCUGGCCGCUCUUCCGCUGACUUGGACAGCAUUGCGGGGUCGUCUCCACGCGAGUCGUUGAGGUUUGGUGUUGGCAUGGAUGGCGUGCCUCACGUGGCGGGGCUCCACAUGCACCACCACACGCUGUCAUCUAAGGACCUGCAAAGCAAUAAGCCUCUACGCACUAUUCCGUCCGAUGACGAGCUCAAGUUAGACGACAGCCCGGAGGGGUCCAAUAACCGCCUGUCGUCGGGUUUGGCAGGAGCUGGGAAGGGGUCGUCGCCAAACGGGUCACCACCGCUGACGCAGUUCAUUUCGUGAUGGAAGUCUGGGUUGGCGCACGACCUUGGCGCGACCCAUAGCCCACUAGUGUACAUUGGCGGAGUGGUGAGUGGAAGGAAAAUAUUGCGUUAAUUUUUGGCGAGGUAUAUGGAUUCACCAGAAGCUUUGUCUCGAUUGACCAGCGUAGCGUACUGCGUGCGAAUGUUUUUCAGCAAUAUUCGCAAGGGUGUUAUGUCCUUAAACAUCACAAUGCAUGUGGCAAUCCACGCUAGCGUUCUAUUUCUGCUGAAUUGGAAGGUUGGAUGGAAGACAACACAUUUCCACACUUCCAAAUUCAUUUCCACACUUCCAAAUUCAUUUCCACACUUCCAAAUUCAUUUCCACACUUCCAAAUUCAUUUCCACACUUCUAAACUGAAAUGUAUGCAUCAUGUAUUCAAUUGCGGAGCCGAUCAAAACCGACCACCCUACGUCCGGCAACAGUUGACGCAUGUCCAGAAUUAUCAAAUCAAUUAUAUCCAUUGGAUGGUAUAUAACUGUUUUUAUCACAUUCCCACAUGGGAAACAUGGCUGUCACAAUGGUCACAAUCCGUUUGUAAUCCUAAUCCUUGGUGCUUGGCAGCGAAGUCAUUUGACCAUUGUGCAUGAAAGCACCGUCAUUACCCUGCUGGGCAGACGAAUACCCCGAUAACACAAAAAGCACAAAUCGAUUUGCACGCAGCCAUUUUUCCAGGCUGUGCAAGGCGACAGCUAUCCUGCUUUACGCGUGUAUUUCAAUAUCCUCCUAUUGCGUGAAAAAGCCCGUCUGUAACUAAUCGAUUAACAAAGGCAAGUGCGUUAUUGUCGACUGCUUUAAACAUGCAUCCCUACAAAAGAACAUAAAAUCUCGAGGUGACGCAUACCCAUUACACCCAUUUCCUGGCACAUUGCUCAUCUCCUCAUUUCCCUGUCGUCCCCGCCGUGCUGCUAGGUCCGUCAUCCCGCUGUAGGUCCUCCAUGGUUGGCACAUUUGCAAUUCGGCUGACGAACUCCUCCGCCAGAUCCAGGUCGUCCUCCGCCUCCUCAAGCUCAUCCACCAGGUCGCUGAUAAUGAAUGUGUCGUACACGUACAUCGCUCCCCCUCCGAUGAUGGACCCCAAGCCGGCCACCAGAAAGUCACGUCGACUAGGCUUGUACCAGGGGGCUGCCUGAUCACAUGCAAGUGUACAUUACCAAGCCAUUACCGUGCAUGAAAAGCAUAUUGAACGCAAGCUAUACCCGUGGAGGAGGCGGAGGAGGAGGUGGCGGGGGUGGCGGCGGCGGUGUGAACGUGUCAACGUUAGGCUGACUGGAUGUCCUGCACGCGACCAUCGACCUUAGGACAGGUCUCAACACAGAGAUUUGUCGUAGUGUACUAUUGAAGUCUAGUCGUGCAUCGCAUUGCACUGGAUACCGGGUAUACAUUUUAAGCUUCACCCAAAACAAAGAACAAUCAAGGCGGCUGCGGAUUUGGCAAUGACACUAAAUGCGACACCGAAGGAG